UGGGAGUAGUCAUUAUUAUCCCUGUUAUACAACAGAAGAAACAGAGGCUCAGAGAGGUUACCCAAGGUCAUACAGCCGUGAAUAAGGGGCAGAAGGAGGUGUCUACUUUGUUGCCAGAACCUGCCCUGGAAUUAGCCUUGCACCAUUCGGAAGACCCAGCCGUGCUGAGCGCUGAGCCUAGCAGCCCCGUGGCGAGGCAGUGGUACUCCCUGGCCCCCCAGUCAUGUCCUGGCAGCUCUCUGCAGUGGUGGUGCUCUUCGUGUCCCUGGCCGUGAUUUUGCAUUAUGGCAGUCAUAUGAGAGCAAAAGUGUUUCCAGAAAUCACAGGCUAUUCUCCAUCUGCAACAGUACAGGCCACAGCCAAACCUUCUCUCCUGCAGCCAACGAACCGUGUGCCUCAGAAAACUUUAGCAGCAAGGUCAACAGAUGGGCAUGUCACCUCUCAGAUAGCUGUCACAACAUCCACCUCUGAGACCCUAACCACACACACAACCAUAAAGAUUCUAGCGACAGCUUCCCUGGUAACUACAGACAGCACCCCCUCCACCAGCCCGACAGCCCACACCCUAGUCACAGCCCUGGCCACACCCAACAAGUCACACACGGCUGCUCCAGUCACUGAGGCUACAAUCAGCCCCAGCACCAGUCCCAGCCCACCACCACCCACCGUCACCCCGCCGGCCCACAGAACUGGAGCCAGGCCGUCGACUGUUGGCCACACAACUGGGAAGACCACCCAACUCCGUAACCAGACCACCCUGCCAGCACCUUUGUCCACCUCACCACACAAUAGCACAGCCAGUCGGAAGCCUACUCAGCCCCCCCACACCCCAGGGCCCACCAACACAACCCAAACAGCCUCGCCUGCCACCGUAGCUCCCAGGCCCACCCUCGCACCCCAGCCAUCGUCAGCCAAGACUGGAAUUUAUCAAGUUCUGAAUGGAAGCAAGCUCUGUAUCAAAGCAGAGAUGGGGAUAGAGCUGACGGUUCAAGACACGGAGUCGGUUUUUUCACCUCAGAAAUACUUCAACAUCGACCCCAAUGCAACCCAAUCCUCUGGGAACUGUGGCUUCCGAAAAUCCAACCUCCUCUUGAAUUUCCAGGGCGGAUUUGUGAAUCUGACAUUUACCAAGGAUGAAAACUCGUAUUAUAUCAGUGAGGUGGAAGCCUAUUUGACCAUCUCAAAUCCAGAGAAAGUUUACCAAGGAAUGAAAAGUGCAAUGGUGAUGUUUGAGACUGUGGCCGGGCAUUCCUUCAAGUGUGUAAGCGAACAGAGCAUCCAGCUCUCAACCCACCUUCAGCUGAAAACAAUGAAUAUCCAACUGCAAGCCUUUGAUUUUGAAGGCAACGACUUUGGAAAUGCGGACGAAUGCUUCAGUGACAGAAACAGGAGAGAAAUCCCUGUGGCCGUGGGCCUGAGUAUUGCAGGAUUGCUUGGCGUUUUGCUAACAGCAUGCCUGGUGACCAGAAAGAGGCCCAGGAGAGGAUAUGAACGCAUGUAAAGCCCCACCUUCCUCAAAAUGUGCAAGGUUAAGGCCUUGGGAAUGCUGGCUGCAUAUUUAGCCUGAAGUGAAGGGAUCAACUUUUCUAGUUGCCAACCCCACCCUCCAAAUCCGAUUAGGAAAUUAGCAUUCCACCAGAGGCCAUCAGGCUAGCUACAAGACAGCUCCCACCCCACUUCUUCCUGGGUCAUAUGGGCUUGAGUUCCACCAUCCACACCUGAGAAUACAGGCCUGGCUGUGAGAAUUAGGGACAAGAGGCAGGGAUGUGAGCAGGGUCCUGUGAGAAGGAGAAAACAAACACCCAAAGGGAAGAUUGUGUGAAAGACAUUUUCA